AUGAGCAUUGAACAUCACUUUCUUUGCCCGAAAAAGCUUUUGAAGCUUUGCAACAAGAAGAUUGACAAGGACGUGAUAAGAAAUCUCCAGCUCUUAACAGAGAAGUUCCUGUCGGACAUAAUACACCGAUCUGCGCUAUUGUGCAAGCACAAGGGAAAAAGCACUGUAGAUAACACUGACAUACGAUUUGUCAUUGAGAAGGACUUCGACUAUAGCUUUGGCACAAGAGAGAUUCAGGGGACCACGAGUUUACCAACAGCCGAGCACCUGGAAAGAAUGGCUGAGAUCAGCCGGCAGAACAAGUAG